AUGCAAUACACAGUAACAAUACUACUCUCUUUGGGACUUGCUACGUCGGCAAUCCCUGUAGAGCUCCAACCCACACUGAUACGGGAUGAUCACGGAAAUAUGCAUCUGGUCAAUCCAGAUCCUUACAGCGUGAUUGACGCUGAUUUGGAACCAUUUUUCAACGCUGAGGCUGAUAUGGUAUUUCGACUGUUUACUCGCCGGAACCAAUUUCAAGCUCAAAUACUUGGUUUGAACAAUCCAAGUUCUGUACAGAGCUCCAAUUUUAAUCCAGCACACCCUACCCGAUUCACUAUCCACGGCUGGAAUGCAGAUGGAAGUUCUUCGAUGCACAGCAGUAUUCGUGAUAAUUACCUCACUGUGGGUGAAUUCAACGUGAUCAGUGUGGACUGGGGAAGAGGAGCAAGUACGAUCAACUACAACACCGCCAGGAAUCGCGUAGCCGCCGUGGGCAACGUAAUUUCGCGAAUGAUCAACACACUGGUAUCUGCUACGGGAACAUUCCCGAACAGUAUGGCCCUAAUUGGACAUAGCUUGGGAGCACACGCUGCGGGAAAUGCGGGUAAAAUGCAAAACGGUCGUAUCCAUACCAUAUUUGGGUUGGAUCCAGCCGGUCCUUUGUUCUCGUUGGGUCAUUCGGAUAUUUUAACUCCAAACGAUGCACAGUACGUGGAAGCUAUAUUCACGAACGCCGGCACUCUGGGAUUCAAUCAACCACUAGGGAAUUCCAAUUUCUACCCCAAUGGUGGCCGAUCUCAACCCGGUUGUGGUAUUGAUUUGGUGGGUGCGUGUGCGCACUCUCGUUCCCAAGACUACUUCGCAGAGUCGCUUACAAGCUCGGUUGGCUUCAGAGCUACAAGAUGCGUUUCGCACGCUGAAAUUCAGAGCGGCAGGUGUACCUCUAGUGGACCGGGUGCGUUCAUGGGCGGCGAACCGUCAAAUCAUGACUGGAAUGUGCAGGGAAUUUUCGCGAUGAACACCAACUCGAGAUCACCGUUUGCUAUGGGUUGAAUAGAAAAGAAUUAUUAUGUUAGAAUGAUCUGAAUGGAAAAAUUUCGCUUGAAGGAUACUUCUCAGUUCCUUCUAGUCGAAAAUCUUGUACGUGUUUGAUAUGUUCUGGGAUAAG